ACCAAUGCCCAAGUGGAUAAUUUUCUUCUAACACUUCUUCUUCUUCUGGUUUUAGAAUUAUACAGUACAUGCAAAGAAAGGAGUGAUAAAUUUGGCUACAUGACGUAUACAUGGUGCUAGUUGGAAUGUAGACUAUUAUCUGUGUCCAGAGACGAGUUGGCCAUAUACAACAGGAUAUCGAUGUGUGCUAUGAAAAUGUGCAGAUUCUGGUUCUAGUUCUAGUGAUUAUAGUGUGUUUUAGAUAGCUGACAAUUUCAAAACCUUGAAGAGCCAGCAUGGCAUCUCCUGGCCAUGCACACUUUCACCUCAUCAAUGAGAUUACAAAUAGCCUGUACCUCACCAGUGCUUACGGGGCCAGUAGCCCAACAGCCCUGCGCGCCAAAGGAAUAACCUGCAUCAUCAACAUCUCCCUAUCGUUCCAGACUCCAACACCCAAACUACGGGACAUUGAAUUUGUCCGGAUCGCCGUGGAUGACAUCCCGACGGCGCAGCUCGGUGUGCACUUUGAUCGGAUCGCAGACAAGAUCAACAGUGUAAAGAAAGGCGGCGGGAAAACCGUCGUGCAUUGCUACGCCGGUCGCAGUCGAUCGGCAUCUUCUGUGAUGGCGUACCUCAUGAAAUACGAGCACUUGACGCUCAAACAGGCUCACGUUCACGUUAAAUCGCGUCGUCCGGUCAUACGCCCCAAUCCGGGGUUCUGGAAGCAGUUGAUAACGUACGAACACCGACUGUACGGUAAGAACAGCGUCAAGAUGAUGUACACCCAUGCUGGGGCGAUACCGGACGUGUAUGCACAGGAGCUGAAAAACUUUGUGCAUCUGUGAGUGAGAUUUCCGCGUCACUGAAUGCUUGUUUGAGGAACUGAUGAUAUUUGAGUAUUGUUUCUAACUCUCUAUACAGCAAGAACUACAUGUUGAUGAUGUUUGACCAGGCUGGGGCAAUACCGGACGUGUAUGCGCAGGAGCUGAAAAACUUUGUGCAUUUGUGAGUGAGCUGAUCUCCGCGUCACUGAAUGCUUGUUUGAGGAACUGAUGAUAAUCGAGUAUUGUCUCUCUAGAGCAAGAACUGCAUGUUGAUGAUGUUCACCCAUGGGCAAUACUGGGCAUUUACGCACAGGAACUUGAAAUUUCAUCCGCCUUCGUGAAUGAGUUGUGUUCAUCACAGAG